AUGCGUACGAAAAAGUUUUUCAUCGACUCCUUGCUGGAGGAGCGACAAAAACAGCUGGCGGCGGCCAAUAAGGCCGAGUUCGGCUACGAGAACUGCGAUGGGAUUUGCAGUGGAGGCGAGGAGAGUGAUGACGGCAAAAUGUAAGGGGAAUUUCGUUCGAGAUUACUGUAAUUUAGUGGCCGGAAAAAGUCAUCUUUAUGAUAGUAAUAAUAAGUCAUCUUUAUUAUAAUAUUUACUGGACUAUCAGUAAGGUGCUCAUUAUUUUCCCGACAAGCCGAUAUGACGGUCGUAUGAUCCUUCUUGGGGUCUUGCAGCCUGCCGAUGACAUUUUAUACGAUGCAUUUUUUUUAUUCUCAGUCUGUCGGGAAAAUAAUGAGCACUCUGUCGGAGCGGAAAUCGCAUCGCCGGCGAGAAAAUGAAUUGUGUCGCGACAAAAUCGAAUUAAUUUUCACUUCAACGACGCGGUCGGCGCAGCGGCGAACGAAUCCACAUUAUUUUCCCGACAGCCUGAUGCUCCAAGUCCGAGGAUCAGAUUUUGAAAAAACUAGAUAUAAAAAGUAGUUUUUCUAAGACGUAUAUGAAGACUUUUCUAGCUCACAUUUUGCAGGAGCGAAGGAUGUAAAAAAUACGACACUUUUUCUCGAAUUUUGUAAUGAAAAUUUUCAUGCAUAUUUCUACUGUAGAGGGUAAUUUUUCCACAAAAUUGACACUCAGGGCAGAGUAUAGCCAUGAUACGUGAACAAGGGUAGACUAUACCACUGUUUGCAACGUGUUAUAUACUUUGUAUCAGUCUGUCGGGAAAAUAAUGUGGAGUCGUCGCAGCAAAAAUGAAAUGUAAGAUUCAAAAAUCGCGGUAAAACCACAUUAUUUCCCGACAGACUGAUAGUGUAAAAACAAAGUAAAAAAAUAAAAAAUCAUAUUUUUUAGCUAUGGCAGAAAUUUCAAAAAAUAACUCUCUAUAGCGACAUUUUUUUUCUACUUUUUGGUGCUUUAUACAGUUUUUUAUAUCCGAAUCAAUUUUUGCAGACGCUCCUCCCCUUCUUUGGACCCAUCUCAGCCCGAGUUCUGCUCGGAAUCGACGAAAAAUUCGGAGACCACGACCAGCGGCAACUGCUCGCCACGCUCGUCGGAGGCGAAUCCGGUGAGCGCCGGCUCGAAUCCGUUCGUUUUGAGCGCGCUGGCGCAGAGCAUGGCGUCCUCCGGGAAUUUUAUGAACAUCUUCGCGAAGUUGUGUCAGAACGGGCCCGUCGCGAACAACAAUCACAUUGUAAGUGGGUAGAUAAUAUAUAAAUAUAUAUAUAUAUAUAUAUAUAUAUAAUAUAUAAUAUAUAUAUACAGGGUGACAAAUAAAAAAUGCAACUUUUUUUCAUGGGUCCUGCCGCGAAAAUGUUUAGGUGUAGCGAAAUAUUUUUUAUACCAUUAAAUUCUCCGUGUUUUUCUGUCCUAGUCUUUUGAUUUUCAUGCCCAUAUCGAUUGAUUAUCAUCUUUGUAUUGAGUGUCAAACAGAGGGACCUCGAUUUUAAACCUGUCUCGGGAAGAAAAAGGACAGUGUGAGAUUGCUAAACUGCUCGGUGUAGGAAAAUCUGCUAUGCCAAAAGCCACCAAACGAAUCCACGAGCUUGGCCACGAUGUUAAGUGUCCAGGAAAUAGAAGAAAGCGCAUCUUGAACACUUCUGGCAACUUUGAGAUCAUCAAAAAGCGAGUGAAGCAAAAUCUGAUGGUGUCCAUGAAAAAGAUUGCCCGGCAGACCGUCAUCAACACAACAGCUGGUCGAUGAAUGGCCAGCAAUGCACCGUAGCGCAAGCCUAACAAGCUCCAAAAGACCUAGCGCCUCACGGAACACUACAAGCAAGUGCGGCUCAAAAAAUGUCGAAAACUCAAGCGUCGCGCCGCAGCUCAGCGAUGAGAGAAGGUCCUGUUCGCGGAUGAGAAGUAUUUCAACAUCGAGCAGGCCUACAACCACCAGAAUUGCAGGAGUUGGACUGUUGAGAGUCAAAAACCGUCCGCCAUUUUUGAACCCAGUAAAAAUCCGACCUCUCAUGGCCUGGGGCAAAGUCUUGCGCCAGCGGCGUGAUAUCCUUGGUUUUCCUUGGUUUUCUUGGAUAAAGGGGCCAGAACCAAACCGAUAAGUCUACCAGCGACAUUUUGUACACCAACGUGAUUCCGUGGGCUCAGUAGCACUUUGGCGGUUCAAAACAGACAUCGUAGCAGGAUUCCGCCAUCAGCCAUAAAGCAAAAAAGACGCAAGGCCAGGAAAGGACCUGUUUUCCCGAUUUUAUGUGGUCUGCGAAAUGGCCGUCUACUCGCUGGAUCUGAAUCCGGUGGACUAUGUUUUUUGUUGAGUUAGAAGCCAGGACCUCUAGUUCACGCCAAAAAAGUUUGGAGCCGCUAAUUGAUUGCUGCGGUAAGAACGGAACCGAUUUCCCCAAAAAAAGCUUCGGCGAAUCGGCCAAAAUUUAAAGUCACGUUUUGAGCUAUAUCUCGGGGCCAAGAACAGCCACCUUAAAACUGGUCGAGCAUACUAUUAACAAUGCUCUAUGUUACUGAUAUUCACCGUUACUUUGGUUAAGUUUGGUGUUUUAGACAAAAUAUGGCCACAAAUAUGAGUUGCAUUUUUUCUUUGUCACCCUGUAUAUAUAUAUAUAUAUAUAUAUAUAUAUACAUAUAUAUAUAUAUAUAUACGUAUCAUACGGAACGUUCGACACAAACCCUCAUAAUUCCCCUUCCAGGCAAAUCCUCAGGCAAUUGCGCAAUCCGUCGAGUGUUUUAAUCGCCUGCAAGCAUUAAGCGCCCAGUCCCAAUGGGUCCCCAAGGCCGACGAAACCAAACAGAACACCGCCAGGGUGCUGCAAACCCUGACGCAACAUCCGGCCUUUCGCGGAAUGCUCUUGCCCAAGCUCCAAAAAACGCUUCAAGGCGGCGGUAAGUUGUGCGAUGCUUUUGUGAGAAAAAGAAUUUUCAAAAAGUUCGUGGACACUUGUCGCGGUCCGCACCGUGCACAAAUAACCCCUUUGUCGCACGAUACUUUGAUUUCGCACAGUGCAAAAUGGGGUUUUUUUGCACGGUGCGGUGCAUUUUUCAUCUUUUUUGCACUGUGCAAUUUCUGUCGCGUGCGCAAAAAAUCGCGGCGACACUUGAAAACAGCUCACGUCGCUGCGACUUUUGAAUUGCACGGUGCAAAAUGGUGUUUUUUCGCGGCGACACGGUGCAAUCGCGCGCGACACGGCGGCAUUCCGAUUGCACUGUGCAAAAUUUUGUCGAAUGCACAGUGCAAAAUGGGAUUUAUUGCACGGUGCGGUGCAUUUUGCAUUUUUUACGCACAGUGCAAAUCGCGCGCGACACGGCGGCAUUCCGAUUGCACUGUGCAAAUUUUGUCGAAGGCACGGUGCAAAAUGCGAUUUCUUGCACGGUGCGGUGCAUUUGGCGGCGCACAGUGCAUUUUCUCUUUUUCCUUGAGCGAGUUUGAAUUUUGUCGCGGCCCGCACCGUGCAAAAAGAAGUCGGAUUUUGCACAGUGCAUUUCACUUUUUUUGGUUUCGCACUGUGCAUCGGAAAUGUCGGAAUCCUUCGAUUGCGACCCCGCUCGAUUGCGACCUCGCAUCGAUUGCGACCCCGCAUCGAUUGCGACCCAAAAUGGGGUAAAGCGACCCCGGGAUGAAAAUUCUUUGAUUCUCUUCGGGAAAAACUUGCUUCAGGGGUUUUCGAGGGUGCUGAUUUCGAAAAUGAUGUUCAUUUUUCCUCUAGUACUACAUAGUACUGUCUGAUACUAUAUAGUACGAAGUCAAAAUAUGGCUUUUGACGUUAAUGGUGUUGGUUUGAUGCUUAGUACUCUUCAAAAACACAUUUUAAAGACUUGGUGCUAUAUAGUACUGUCUGAUACUAUAUAGUACAAAGUCAAAAUAUGGCUUUUGACGUUAAUGGUGUUGUUUUGAUGCUUAGUACUCUUCAAAAACACGUUUUAAAGACUUGGUGCUAUAUAGUACUAUCUGAUACUAUGUAGUACGAGGUGUAAAGUUGGCCUCUAGGCGUUGGUGGUGUUGUUCUGGUGCUUAGUACGCCUAUUUUUACUUCGUACUAUAUAGUAUCAGACAGUACUAUAUAGCACCAAGUCUUUAAAAUGUGUUUUUGAAGAGUACUAAGCAUCAAACCAACACCAUUAACGUCAAAAGCCGUAUUUUGACGUCGUACUAUAUAGUAUCAGACAGUACUAUGUAGUACUAGAGGAAAAAUGAACAUCAUUUUCGAAAUCAGCACCCUCGAAAACCCCUAAAUCGAGUAUUUAACAUCAAAAGCGAUAUUUUCACUUCGUACUAUAUAGUAUCAGACAGUACUAUGUAAUACUAGAGGAAAAAUGAACAUCAUUUUCGAAAUCAGCACCCUCGAAAACCCCUAAAGCAAGUUUUUCCCGAAGAGAAUCAAAGAAUUUUCAUCCCGGGGUCGCUUUACCCCAUUUUGGGUCGCAAUCGAUGCGGGGUCGCAAUCGAUGCUGGGUCGCAAUCGAUGCGGGGUCGCAAUCGAUGGAAUUCGGAAAUGUCGCCGCGACGAAGGCUUUUUUUCAACUGCCGUGGUUUCGUUCAAGAAUUUGCACAGUGCAAACGACUUUCAUCUUUUGAGGUUUGCACUGUGCGAAAAAAAAGGAAAAUAAAAAUGCACGGUGCGUUGGCGACAAGCGUGGGAAAAAGUUCAAAGUGCACUGUGCGGAAGAGAGCAAAUGCCCAUCUUUUUGCACGGUGCGGUGCAGUUUGAACCGUUUUGCACUGUGCGCGCGCUAUUUUAGACAAUUUUGCACUGUGCAAAUAGAGCAAAAUAAAAAUGCACUGUGCGCCGGCGACAAGCGUGGGAAAAAGUUCAAGAUGCACUGUGCGAAAGGGAAAAAAUGUCCUUGCACUUUUUGAAAAUGCUAAUGGCGGUUUUUUGCACAGUGCAAUGCAUUUUAUAACUUUUUGCACUGUGCUUUUGUCUGUCGCGUAGCAAAAAUCGCAGCGACGCCUUUUCACAGUGCAAAAAAAAUAUAUAUAUAUAUAUUUUUUUUUUUUUUUAUUUUUUUCAAUUUUUCCUUGACAUUCCCCCAUUUCAGGCAACAUCCAAUCAGCGUUGGCGAAUCUGGCGGAGGAGAUUCGCCAGAAAACGGGCCAAAUCCCCACUCCCGUCCCCACUUCAACGCCGCCCAAAUUCGUGGAGAGUGUGGCGCGGAAGCCGGGCCGCGACGGCCGGCCCGCGCCCCGCAGCUCCAAUGUCAAAAAAUACCGAUGCGACGUGUGCGAGAAGACGUUCUCGCGCAGCAACACGCUGAUCACGCACAAGCGAAUCCACACCGGCGAGAAGCCGUUCCAGUGCGAGCACUGCGGGCGGGCGUUCCGUCAGCCCGGCAACCUGACGCGGCACAGAUUGACGCACACCACGGUAAGCGAAGAUGUGAAAUUUUUACAGGGUCUUUCAAGAAACGUGAAGGAAAGUAGGAGGCUAUUACUUUCGGCGGAGGCGGCGCAGAGAGCUCGUUUUUGGAAUACGAAUUUCUAAGCGACAUUAUUUUUUGCCUACGAAAUACCAAGCUUUUGGAGUGCAAACUGAGGUCGCUACGACCUUCUGAAGUAGAGGCAUCUCUACCCCGAAAACUAGGUUUUUUCGGUUGAAAAUGAUCGUGAAAUUGCGGUCUUUUUCGGUUGAAAAUCACCAAGAAAUGUCGGAUUUUUUUCGGGGGUUUCGAUAGAGUUGACGUUGAAAAAAGGAAGGAUGUUGCCAACUCUAAAAGCUUGUUAUUUCGUAGCCAAAAAAAUAAUGUUGCUUAAAAAUACAUAUUCCAAAAACGAGCUCUCUGCGCCGCCUCCGCCGAAAGUUAUAGCCUCCUACUUUCCUUCACGUUUCUUGAAAGACCCUGUACUAUUACAGUGGGGGAUCUGAUUCAGUGGCAAAAAACGUACCAUUUUGCAUUCGGGCAGUAUCAAAAAUGCGGCAAAAUGCUUCCCUCUCCAAGUGAAAAACCCCGUUUUGAAGGGCGCGCGCUUUUUCCUCACAAGAGAAGAGCGGGCGCACUUUUUAUAAUACAUCUGAGUUUUUUCAAUUUGAGAGAGAGGUAUUUUGCCACAUUUUUUUAUGUUUCCUGGAUACAAAAUGGCACGUUUUUUGCCACUGGAUCAGGUCCCCCACUGUACCAGUUUGUCGGGAAAAUAAUGAGUUUCUGUUGGCAGCAAAAGUCGCAUCGCCGCAAAGAGAUUAGAAAAUGAAAAUUUGUCGCGGAAAAUCAAAGUUUUCCCCCCAAAAACUGAUGAUGCCAAAGACUGAUACGUAAAUUUUACCAGUUCAACUUACAAAAAUUAUAAAUUUUUCUAGGUCCUAUCGCUUUUUCAGACCUAAUACAGGAACAGAAUUGAUUUUCAGACCAUUCUCACCAUUUUAAACAGCUGAAACAGAAUGCCAAAAAUUUUAAAAAAUGGCGAGAAAUUUGAAAUUUUGAUUGCUCAUUAUUUUCCCGACGGACUAAUAAAGCCAAUGUUGGUGUUUUCUUACUUUUUGAAGGUCCCUCCCAAAGAGAGCGGGAGCGCUUUUAAAAUUAGACCUUACUUGGAGAAGGAGGUAUUUUGCCACAUUUUUGAUGCUUCCCGGAUGCAAAAUUAUACGUUUUUUGCCAAUGGAUCAGGUUUUCCACUGUAAUACAGUCACAGAAUUGAUUUUCAGACCACUCUCAUCAUUUUAAACAGCUGAAACAGAUUUUUUAAAAUUUUAAAAAAUGGCGGGAAAUUUGAAAUUUUGAAUGCCCAUUAUUUUCCCGACACAUUGAUAUAAACAAUGUUGGUGUUUUCUUACUUUUUGAAGGUCCCUCACAAAGGGAGAGGGAGCGUUUUUAAAAUUAGACCUUACUGCUCAGAUGCAGUGACAAAAAAUGUGCCAUUUUGCAUCCGGGAAGUAUCAAAACAUGUGGCAAAAUGCCUCCCUCUCCAAGUGAAAAGAUUCCAAUUUCAAAAGCGCGCCUGCUCGUUUUGUGAGGGCUCUUCAAAACGAAGUUUUUUCACUUGGAGAAGGAGGUAUUUUGCCACAUUUUUGGUACUUCCCGGAUGCAAAAUUACGCUUUUUUGCUUUAACUGUAGUAACAUUCGCUUGUAAAAAACACAAUCUUCACCUUGUCCAUUUUUCAGGUGAAGCCAUUUGUGUGUCCCGAAUGCUCCAAGGCCUUCAACCGCGCCUCCAACCUGCACACCCAUAUGCGAACACAUCUGCAGAACAGCCCGUCGUGGAGUCAUCAUCAGUGCGGCAAGUGUGCCAAGAGCUUCUCGCUGAAGACGGAGCUCUUGACGCACAUUUGCGAAGUCCCCGCGCAAUUCGAUGAGACGGAAUAG